AUGACAUCCAUCUACAACUUCAAGAAGAUCACCCCCGUCCCCACCGGCGGUGACUUCCUCGACAUCAUCCUCUCAAAGACCCAGCGCAAGACUCCCACCGUCAUCCAUGCGAAUUUUGCCAUUAGCCGUAUCCGCAACUUUUACAUGCGCAAGGUCAAGUUCACCCAGGAGAACUUUGACGAGCGUCUCAAGGGUAUCCUCGACGAGUUCCCCAAGCUCGAUGAUAUUCAUCCGUUCUACGCAGAUUUGAUGAACGUGCUUUAUGACAAGGACCAUUACAAGUUGGCGUUGGGACAAAUGAACACGGCUCGCCACUUGAUCGACCAGGUCGGAAAGGACUAUGUCCGCCUGCUCAAGUUUGGUGACUCGCUCUACCGCUGCAAGCAGCUCAAGAAGGCUGCCCUCGGAAGAAUGGCCACCAUCAUGCGCCGCCAGAAGGACUCGCUCGCCUACUUGGAGCAAGUCCGCCAGCAUUUGGCCCGUCUGCCCUCGAUCGACCCCAACACCCGCACCUUGCUCGUUUGCGGCUAUCCCAACGUCGGAAAGUCAUCCUUCAUGAACAAGAUCACCCGCGCCGACGUCGAUGUUCAGCCCUAUGCCUUCACCACCAAAUCGCUCUUUGUCGGACAUAUGGAUUACAAAUACCUGCGCUGGCAGGUCAUCGACACCCCCGGUAUCUUGGAUCAUCCCUUGGAGAACCGCAACACCAUCGAGAUGCAGUCCAUCACUGCCCUCGCCCAUUUGCGUUGCGCCGUUCUCUACUUUAUCGAUCUCUCGGAGCGCUGCGGGUACAGCAUCAAGGAACAGGUCUCGCUCUUCCACAGCAUCAAGCCCCUCUUUGCCAACAAACCUGUCAUGCUCGUCAUCAACAAGAUUGACGCCAUGAAGAUUGAAGAUAUCAGCGCCGAGGACCGUACUCUUUUGGACAACAUUGUCGACAACGAAGGCGUCGAGAUGAUGGGCAUGUCCUGCUACACCGAUGAGGGUGUCAUGAACGUCAAGCAGUCUGCCUGCGACCGCCUCUUGCAGGCCCGUGUUGACUCAAAGAUGAAGGGACACAAGAUCAAUGACAUUCUCAACAAGAUCCACUUGACCCAGCCCCAACCCCGUGACGACAACCCCCGUCUGCCCUUCAUCCCUACUGGAGCCGAUAACAAGGCCAAGUACGAUCCCAAGGAUCCCAACCGUAUCAGACUGGAACGCGAUUUGGAGGCCGAGCAAGGUGGUGCUGGUGUCUUCAACGUCGACCUCAAGAAGAGAUACCUGUUGGAGAACCCUGAAUGGAAGUACGAUGUCAUUCCCGAGAUCUGGGAGGGCAAGAACGUUGCCGAUUUCAUCGACUCCGAUAUUCAGGAGCAGUUGGAUGAGCUCGAGCGUGAGGAGGAGAGACUCGAGGCUGAGGGAUACUACAAGUCGGAGGAGGAAGAGCUCGAUUCGGAGGAGGAGGCAUUGGAGGCCACCGCCAACGCCAUUACGGAACACACUCGCCUUACCCGCAUUGCAGCCCGUCUGAAGACGACCAAGAACCGCCCCAUGUUGCCCAAGACGGCGAUCAAGCGCACUGCAGGAGAGAUGUCGCAGCACUUGGAGACCCUUGGAUUGGAUUCUACAGAGGUUCGUGCCCGCAGCCGGGCACCCAAGCGUGCUCGUUCGGCCAGCCGGGGCGAGUCAAUUGCACGGACGGCGUCGAUGGCUCGUCCCGAGACGAGUAUUGUUCGGGAUCGUACGAUGUCUGGAGUGCGCAAUGUGAAGCAGAAGAUGGAGUCGGAGAAGGUGCGCAAGCUGGCACAGCGUACGCCCAACUUGUUUGCCAAGAGAGGAGAGUCGGACAGAGCUGUGCAGACCAAGAUGCCCAAGCACUUGUUCUCAAACAAGCGCGGCAACGGCAAGACCGACUGGAGGGGUCAGCAGCGAAACAAGCGCGAAUCAUCGAAUAGCAGUGAACAGGCUGCGGCGGCCAUGAAACACCCGAUAAUGCUGCAACUGGAACAGGCACACACUCGCAUCCUACAGGAGACCAUGGACUCUGUCAGAAAAGGCGGUAGUCAGAUCCAACAGGAAUUGACCACCAGUCUUGCAACACAAUCAGAACGCACCUACGAAUCCCUCAGGACUACCAUUGACCUCUUCAACACCAACAACGCCAACCUGGCAUAUGCGAAUAAUGGUAGCUGUGGCGGUGGCAACAACAACAAUAACAAUAACAAUAACAAUAACAAUAACAAUAACAAGACGACAGCCAUACCUUUGACGCAAAUAUCAGCAGCAUCGUCGGUAGCUAUGCACCUAGUCCCGGCUUUGAAGACGGUCGUUGAAGAACAUACCGAGGCGGUGACGAGAAUUGCGACUGAGUUGAAUCAGUGGACGGUGGCGUUAAUGUCGGCUCUGGCCGGGACGUCUUUGUCGAGUGGGAGGACACUGCGUGUCGACAGUCUGGCGACCAUCCUUGCCCAGCAACAACAGCAACCACACUCAAUUUCAUCACGAGGAUCAGGAUCAAAAGGAGCACCACCGUCACCCAUCUCCCCCACUUCGGCCAACAAUUCACAACAGCAACAACGCCAGUCACAGUUCAGGUUCGACCGCAAGGCAACAACAAUCCGUAGGAUGCUAGAAGAAUGUCAACGGUACAAAGUUUGCAAGUAUCAGGAUCGGUACUUGGGCUACGAUAAGGCAACCCAGUUUCAUUCUUAUCGUGCCGAAGAGCGGUAUAUCCAGGCUCGGAUGGUGGUAUUUGAGGAGGUCCGGGUGAUUAUGGAGACCCGGGGUGAGAAUCCGAAUAAUGGUGGAGCAAAAGAGGAGGAGGAGGCGAUUGGAUGGUUGGAGAGGGAGUUCAUGAAGAUGGAUGGGUCGACGGCCAGGUUCCUUGAGAUCCUGAAAGAACGACAAAAGUUGAGGAAGAGUCAGGUCCGUCGCGUCUAG